ACAACUCGAGGGUUAACUGACCCUCUAAAGGACCCUAAACAAGUGCUUUUGUCGUUUUAUUUGCCUUCGUAAUGAAUUAAGGACUUUUUAAACAUUUUUUUAGGUUAUGUUCUUUGAUUAAAAUUUAAUUAAAGGCCUUUUAUUAAUUUUUUCUUUGCAACUUGCUGGCAUUUCGUUAUGUCAUUUGAGGUUAGGGUCUGUUACACUUUGAACUGUAAGGUGAUUUUCUGUCCUUCUAUCUUUGGCGUCGGUGCAAGAGAAAACAAAAAAAAAUCGACAAAGUGUCAUUUUUUGUAGGUUAUGAGUCCAAUAAUAUUUUUAUUACAAUAAUAACUGCAAUAAUAAUCGACAGGAAUUUUAGACACGAUGACUGUCGAUGGAGCAUCCGUGAGUGAUCAAGUGAUUUUCGUAACUGGAAGUUACGAUCACACAAUUAAAAUCUGGCAAGCUCAUACUGGAAUGUGCCAGCGAACAGUCCAGCAUACGGAAUCACAAGUAAAUGCUUUAGACAUUACUCCUGAUAAAUAUGUAAUAGCAGCAGCUGGCUAUCAACAUAUUCGAAUGUAUGAUUUAGCAUCUAAUAACCCCAAUCCAGUUAUCAAUUACGAUGGUAUCACAAAAAACGUCACAGGAUUAGGUUUCCAGGAAGAGGGGAAGUGGAUGUAUACAGGAGGAGAAGAUUGUUCCGCUAGAAUUUGGGACCUAAGAACUAGUAGCUUCCAAUGUCAGAGGAUAUUUCAAGUGUCAGCACCGGUAAAUUGCGUUAGCUUACAUCCAAAUCAAGCAGAAUUAAUUGUUGGUGACCAAAGUGGACUCAUACAUUUAUGGGAUUUGCGAUCCGAUCACAACGAACAAUUGAUUCCUGAAGCAGAAGCUUCGAUACAAGAUAUCGCUAUAGAUCCAGAUGGAACUUACAUGGCAGCAGUAAAUAAUAAAGGUCAUUGUUUCGUUUGGGCCUUAACUGGAGGUGUCGAGGAAGAACCAACUCGGCUGAAUCCUCGCCACAGAAUUGAAGCACACAAUCGUUAUGCACUUCGUUGUAAAUUCAGUCCGGAUUCUACUCUUCUCGUAACAACAUCAGCAGAUCAAACAGCGAGAAUCUGGAAAACAAUGGACUUUUCUGAAGUCCAGGUUCUCCAACACGACGCUAAACGAUGGGUGUGGGAUGCAGCUUUUAGUGCCGAUUCUCAAUACGUAUUCACUGCUUCAUCUGAUGGAGUUGCAAGGUUGUGGAAUAUAGAAAGUGGCAUCGUGGAAAGAAAAUACGAAGGUCACCAGAAGGCAAUCACGGCUCUAGCUUUUCGAGACGAAAUUCUCUCUCCGAGUUGAACGCGUGAUUUCGCCAUCUUUUAAUUUAUCAAAUUUAAGGAAAGUACAUUGUUCCACAUUUAUAUCACGUCUUUGAGUUUUAUUCUGUUCUAUUUAUAGCUAUUUACAUAUAUAAUCAUUUGAUAACAAAGUUACAAGAUCGAAGACAAAUCAAUGUGCAGUUGUAUGAACUUGCGAGAAGUCGUGCGAAUUUAUCUAACAGUCAAACUUAUUUAAGCAAAGCAUUUUGUAAAUCAUGUACAGAUAAAAUGAUACGUGGUAAGUUAAGGUUGUUUAAGUAAAAAGCUACAAGUACCAUGGCGAAACUUAAGAGUACACAUAUGCUUUAAUUACAACAACGAAUACAUGAAUUCGAGGUAAUAAAACAACUUAAGUCACGUAUUUGA